AUGAAUGAAUCCAGUGUGCUGAAUGUAGCCAGUGUGCUGAAUGUAGCCAGUGUGCCAAAUGCACCCAGUGUGAUAAAUACAUGCAAUGUGCUUAAUGCACCCAUUGUGCUGAAUUCACCUAGUGUGCUGAAUGCACCCAGUGUGCUGAAUAUACCCAGUGUGAAGAAUACACCCAGUAUGCUGAAUGUACCCAGUGUGAUGAAUACACCCAGUGUGCUGAAAAGACCUAUUUUGCUGAAUGAAACUAGUGUGAUGAGUGCACUUAGUGUGCUAAAUGCACCCAGUGAGAUAAAUACACGCAAUGUGCUGAAUGCGCCCAAUGUGCUGAAUGCACCCUUUGUUAGGAAGGGUGUGAUGUGA